GAAGUGACAAAUUAGAACAUUUUAUCAUAUGUUCAGAUACUCAAUCGAAACAAAUCAUAGUUCGAGUGUCUAAAUGAAAUUUACUUGCAAGUUUAAAAGGGCUAUUGUAUUCAAUCUAGUUUUUUUCAAUUCACUUUAUAUAUAGUGAUUGAUCAUCACUCCCAAAAUCAGCUAUCUUUGAACUCAAAUGGAUUACUUCAAAUCACUAGCUCAUGAGUUAUUUUCCACAAAUUUUGAAACAUCUCCAUCUUCAAUCCAAUUCAUAGAUGCUGCACUUUCUUGUACAAGCCCACAUUUUGCACCAUCUUACACAGAUCCUAAUCAAAAACGUAUAAUUCGAAGGCACCUCGUCUCUCUGCUUCAUGAUUAUCUUUCUUUCAAACCUUCCAUCGAUGCAUUCAUGCACGAAGAUGGCACGAGUGUCAACUUACUUAACGCAAACGGAGAGUUGCAAGUCUCUUCCUCCACCCCUGCAAUCCCUCUUACCAUUUGGUUACAUGAAAGUUACCCUUUUGUAGCCCCUAUUGUCCUUAUGUCUACAAAUACUACCUAUCCAAUUUAUGACAACCAUCCUUUUGUUGACUCUUCAUCAGGUGCUAUUUCUUCAUUUUACUUAGUAAAUUGGAAGUACCCUGGCUGCAACCUUUCUGAACUUGUGCACAACCUUGUCAAGAUCUUCUCACAUAAUCAUCCUUUUUACUAUUCACCUUCAACUGACAAUUUCUUUCACCCUUCUUUCGCUUCUAGGAGAGAGGCUGUGGACCGUCUCUCGUGCACACUUCAUUAUGACAUGACAGAAUUACUGUCCAAGACUCAUGAAGAGGUGGUGGAGCUUUCAAGCCUUAGAGAACAAAUGGUUAGAAGGGCAAUUGUUGCUGAGUUUUCGGUCGAUGAGAAUGAAAAUGAAAGGACAGAAUUGAAGGAAAGGGUGAAAAUUUUGACAGACGAAGUGGAUAAACUGUCGAAUUGGCUAAAAGUUAAUGAUCAAGAUUCAUUUUCAGGACAUGAAAUUGAGGAUGCAUUUGAAGCUACUGAUGAGAAUUCAAAAACAUUACUUGAUUGCCUAGCAGCAGACAGGGCAACAGAAGAUUUGAUGUAUUCAUUAGAUAAGGCAGUUGAGCAAGGGGUAAUACCUUUUGGUACAUAUAUAAAGCAAGUGAGACUUUUGGCCAAAGAACAAUACUUUGGUAGAGCUAAGCUUGAAAAAAUGGGAAUAUCUCUCCAGUGGCUUGAUUGACGACGCGAUCGUUUAUGAUAUUUUCAUUCACAAAGUGAAAUCAUGUAGGGCUAUAAGCAGAGGCGGAGCCAGAAUUUGAAGUUUGUGGAUUCAGGAUUCUAAUUCUUUCAAGUUACUAGGUUUUAAAGUAAUAAUUUGUGCAUGUUCAAUGAAUUUCUUACGAAAAAUAUAGAAUUUGAACAAAAGUUACACUGGCUCCAACCUUGGCUAUAUAUGUAUAGAAAGCCAAAGUUGAAUCUAUAUUUUUACCUCAAACUUUGUUAUUUGACUAUCAAAGUU